GAUCACAUCGUUUUGACUGGGAUACAGUGUUCUGGUGCUUGAUGUCAAACUCUAGUUCGAAUCCAGGUGAAUUUCUCAAACAUGACAUCAAAUAAAGUGCCGCCGGAUGGUGGAUAUGGGUGGAUUGUCGUGAUCGGUUGUGCUGUUAUAAACGUGUUCAACCAAUCCCUCAUAUCCGUGUUUGGCUUAAUGUUCGGAGAUUAUUUAACUGCGCUAGGAGCGGAUGCGUUUGGAGCGGCACUGGUCAUGAAUGUGUGCAAUAUAUCCCUCAACUUCUCAGGUCUAAUCACUGGACCAAUCAUAAAAAAAUUAAAAACGAGAAAAGCAUCUAUCCUGGGAAGCUUACUCACUGGAGCUGCUUUAACAGCUUGCGCAUAUGCAACACAGAUGUGGCAAAUCUUACUGUCGUAUGGCGUAGCGUUCGGAUUCGGUUUGGGGCUGAUUCAGUCAUCCACUUUUGUGGCAGUAAACUCUUAUUUUCGGAACAAUAAGGGAAAAGCGGUGGGAUUAGCCUUGGCUGGUACGGGACUUGGGCAAAUACUAAUGCCAUUGCUGGUUCAAUUUUUACUGGAUAUUUUUAGCUUCCGGGGAACAACGUUGAUCAUCGGUGGAUUAGCAUUCAAUGGACUAGUUGGCGCAGCUCUGUUACAACCUGUCGAAUGGCACAUGCGGAUCGAGACAGACGAAGAAGCUUCGAAUGAAAGGAUUCCUCUUUUGGACAGUGCUAACAAUUCAUCGAACACAUCGAAAAAGUCCGAUAGUGGAUGGUCCAAGCUAGCUGCAUUGAUGGACGUGGCCAUACUGAAACGGGUAUCGUUUCUCAAUUUGAUUAUUGGGCUGGGCCUGGCAUAUACGGCGUCAACAAACUUCUCGUUAUUCUUUCCCUAUUUUCUACAGAAAACAGCAAACCUCGACAUGUUUCAAGCAGCGAACUGCAUGUCCAUUCUGUCGACGACCGAUCUGCUCACUCGUAUCACAGUUCCGGCCUUUGUCGAUAAGAUGAAGUUCUCGCACAGAACUACGUUCCUCAUGGCUGGGCUGUGCCUCGUCAUUGCGCGGUCGAUCAUGGCCGAAAUGCGAAAUCUCAUCGCACUGAUGAUAACCUCCGCUUUCUAUGGAAUCUUCCGAUCGAUUACGAUUGUGAACCAAAAUCUUACAAUCGCUGAAUAUUGCUGCGAAAAAGGCUUGCAAUCGAUGCUACCCAAUGCAUUGGGUUUCAACAUGAUUGCCAAAGGUAUUUUAGUUUUAAGCUUAGGACAGCUUCUCGGGUGGUUUGUGGAUUAUACCGGAAGUUACUCGCUGAAUUUGCAUGCGCAAAAUUUGCUACUGAUAUCGACAUGCAUUUUGUGGCUUUGUGAGUUGUAUUUCAAGUACAAGGAUUAGGAAAUUUUAAAAGCAAACCCGUUCUACGCAAGUUCCAAGAAA